AUGCAGAUGUCCAAGUUUAAACUCAUAUCCCAGGCAUAUGAAGUUCUGUCGGACCCAAAGAAAAGGGACCUCUAUGACCAGGGUGGGGAGCAGGCUAUUAAAGAAGGAGGCCUGAGUGGCGGCAGCUUCUCUUCACCCAUGGACAUCUUUGACAUGUUCUUUGGUGGUGGAGGCCGAAUGAAUAGAGAGAGAAGAGGCAAAAAUGUUGUGCACCAGUUAGGUGUAUCUCUUGAAGACUUGUAUAAUGGUAUUACAAGGAAACUGGCACUGCAAAAGAAUGUUAUUUGUGGAAAGUGUGAAGGUUAUGGCGGAAAGAGAGGGGCAGUAGAAAAGUGCCCUGUGUGUAAAGGAAGAGGAAUGCAAGUUCUAGUUCAGCAGAUUGGACCUGGCAUGGUACAACAAAUCCAAACUGUGUGUCCAGAAUGCAAAGGCCAAGGUGAAAGAAUAAAUCCGAAGGACAGGUGUGACAAUUGCAAUGGCUGUAAGGUUGUAAGAGAGAAAAAGAUCAUAGAAGUUCAUGUUGAUAAAGGUAUGAAAGAUGGUCAGAAGAUAGUAUUUCAUGGAGAAGGUGACCAGGAGCCUGAUCUGGAGCCUGGUGAUGUUAUAAUUGUGCUUGAUCAAAAGGAUCACAGUGUCUUUCAGAGGCGAGGGCAUGACUUAAUCACAAAAAUGAGAAUUCAACUCUCAGAGGCUUUAUGUGGUUUCAGAAAGACCAUUGAAACUCUGGAUAACAGAGUUCUUGUUAUAUCGUCUAGGCCAG